GUCAAACAGGAAGUCGGAUGACAUGCGCAGCUCACAGCGUGUUUUGUACUAUUAUUAUUUUAAUCAGUCGUUUUCCGAGAGUUUUGUCAUAUAACUCUGGAUGAAGGGUUUUAUUUUUCUUAUCAUAGUUUAUCUAACGGUUUUAUUAUAGUCUUAAUGAUUUGCAUCCCCCAGGAUAUAUUUAAAAGUGUGUGCCAUCAUGCCCGUCCAGUGCAGUAACUGUGUGCAAAGACGUGCUGUGCUCAAACGGCCCAAGACUGGACACUCCCUUUGUAAGGACUGCUUCUUCUGGGCCUUUGAGGAGGAGAUCCAUCAAACCAUCGUGUCUGCUGGACUCUUCAAUCGCGGGGAGACCGUGGCCAUUGGAGCCUCGGGUGGGAAGGACUCGACUGUGCUGGCCCAUGUGAUGAAGGUUUUGAAUGAGCGUUAUGAUUACGGACUCAAUCUUCUGCUGCUGUCUGUGGAUGAGGGCAUCACCGGUUAUAGAGAUGAUUCACUGGAGACGGUGAAGAGAAACCAGCAGCAGUAUGAGCUGCCGCUUAAGAUCGUGUCUUAUGAGGAGCUGUACGGAUGGACGAUGGAUGCCAUCGUGAAGCAGGUUGGGUUGAAGAACAACUGCACGUUCUGUGGCGUGUUCCGCAGACAGGCGCUGGAUAGGGGAGCUAUGAUGCUGAAAGUGGACAAGAUCUGCACAGGUCACAAUGCAGAUGACGUGGCGGAGACGGUGCUGAUGAACGUCCUGCGAGGGGACAUAGCACGACUCAGGCGCUGCACCGACAUCAGCACGGCCAGUGAAGGAGAGGGCGCCAUACCACGCUGCAAGCCCCUCAAAUACGCCUAUGAGAAAGAGAUCGUCCUCUACGCCUAUUUUAAAAAGCUUGAUUACUUUUCCACAGAGUGCAUCUACUCACCCAACGCCUACCGGGGCCACGCUCGUGCCUUCCUCAAAGACCUGGAGUCCAUCAGGCCCAGCUCCAUCAUAGACGUCAUCCACUCCGGAGAAACCCUCUCGAUAAAGGAGGGAGUGAAGAUGCCCGUUCAGGGAACAUGCUCGCGCUGUGGGUACAUCUCGAGUCAGGCCUUGUGUAAGUCCUGUGUUCUGUUGGAGGGUCUGAAUAGAGGUUUACCCAAGCUGGGCAUCGGGAAACAUCACCGUCUGCACGGCAAAAUUCUCGCACAGGAGCCUUUGACCGAGCAGGAAGAGAAGAAACUGAAAGCUGUAGACUUCUGACAACAUUAGGACUAGAUUUUAAAAAAUGGACGUUUGAGUGACGUGUCACUUGUAUUUUAAGGAUGUCUGGGAUGAAUGUUGGGAAUCAAAGUGUGUUCAGGCUCCAGUGAUUAUAUGUUUACAUGUCAACUACAGGAACCUGAAUUGAGUUUAUUUAAGAUGCAAAUGCAAACUGUGGCUGUAGAACAACUUUGUUUGAUUAGUGCAAUUUCAAAACUAGAGAUAUUGUUUUAAAAACAAACAUUUGUUCCAUUUACAUUUCAAAUGCAUUAUGAUUUUCUUAUUUAAACAAUAAAAAGACAAUCAAAUUAA